AUGGUUCAAUCGUUGCUUUCUUCUGUUUUCUCUAGUAAUAACGACUCAUCCAACGUAGACAUAGAUAUUAUUACUGCACCCACAACUAAUUCUCAUAAUGAUAAUAAAAUUAUGAAAAAUCCCGAAAAUUCAAUAGAUUUGGUCACUACCACAAUAAAGAUUGUAGAAUUUUCCAAACGUAAUUUUCCUUCCCCGUCGAUGUUACAACAAUCUACUACAAAAUCUUUAUUAUCCGAAAUGUUGAAGAAACAAGUUGAACAACAAAAUGAAAAUGAUUUAAAUCAAAUUUCUUUAAUAAAACGGAAACCAAUUAUGAUUUCACCAAAUAAAAGAAAUAAUAAUAUUAUUAGUAGGAAGGUUAAUAUAAAUGGUGAUGAUGAUUUUGAUCAUGAACAUGUUAGUGAAGGUAUCAAUCCUAAUAUGAAUAAUCAUGAAAAUAAAAAUUUGUGUGCAACAACUAAAUCUUUAAAAUUCGGAAAUUGUCCUUUGGUUGUACGUGAAAGAGUAAAACCUACAGUUCAAAGAGAAGAUGAUAAUAGUGAUGAAAUAAAUAAUGAAAAUGCUGUCGAUGCAAACAACGCAUGCUCAAAUGUAACAAAAGUAACGAUAGAUCCUCAUCCUGUGAAUUGGGUUUCUAGUAUGAUGCAUCACGUAAAAAAGGGAAUUCCUAUUCCUCAACCUACAAUAAAUAAUUUAAAUCUUGAUUAUAAUUUAGGUCAUAAUAAAUAUAGAAGUGUUCAUUAUAAACAUGGGGAGGAAGGAUUAUUCUGGCCAAUGUCAAUUUAA